AUGAAUUAUGAAAAAAAUUUCAAUCAAGAUAUUGACAAUAAUAAUAAUAAUAAUAAUUUAGAAUUUCAACAAAUUCAUACAAAUAAAAAAAUUAGUCAAUUAAAAAAAUAUCAAAAAAAAUUUAAUAAUCAUUGUAAAUUAUGUUUAAAACAUAUAAAAUUACCUAUAUGGUUAUCUAAAUUAUUAUUAUGGAUUUAUACACAUUUAAGUAGUAUAUUUACAUAUGGAUUAUUUUUAUUAGCUAUAUAUGCAUGUAUUAUAUCAAUUAAACCAAGUAUUGCAUUACCACCACAAUGUCGAUUUAUUUCUAUCAUAAAAAGAAUAGAUCAAUUAACAAAUAAUUCUAUGAAUGAUAAUCAAUUCUCAGGGAAUAAAUUUGAAAAAGCAUUUGAAUGUCGUCAUGGUGAAGCAUUAAGUAUACUUAUUUUCUAUGGUUUUGGUUUUAUGUUUGGUGAGAUAAUGGAACUUCUACAUUUACCUGGACUAUUAGGUAUGUUACUUGGAGGAUUGUUUCUGAGAAAUAUUGGUGGACUUUUGAUUCCGGAACAGAUUUACCAUACAGGUCAAUUACCAAGUGGAAGUGUUCCUUAUGGAUACAAUACUACUUUAUUGAAUUCUACUUCUUACAAUGAGAAGGAAUAUCCUUUUAAUAUAACUGAUCCACGUACUCAGUUCGCUGCUCUUUUACUGGUAAAUCCAGUUUUAUCUGGAAUUUUACGACAACUUGCUUUGACUACAAUUCUAACUCGGGCUGGUUUGGGUCUUGAUCCUCAAGCAUUGAAACAAGUAUGUGGUAGUGUAUUUCGUCUUGCAUUCAUACCAUGCCUUACAGAAGCGACAUCUUUGAUGCUAUUUAGCCGUUUUUUGAUUGGAUGGCCUUGGUCAUGGGGAGCUAUAUUAGGAUUCGUUUGUGCAGCUGUAUCACCAGCUGUGAUAGUGCCAAAUAUGAUGCGCCUGGAAGUUACAGGGUGGGGUGUAGCUGAAGGUAUACCUACCCUUGUUGUUGCUGCUUCCAGUUUAGAUGAUGUUGUUGCGAUUACUGGAUUUGGUGUUGCCCUCGGUGUAGCUUUAUCCACAGAAAAAAGUUUAGUGAAUACAUUAUUUUGGGGACCACUUGAAGCAAUCAUAGGUGCUUCAUUUGGGGCAGCAGUGGGAAUAUUAUUACUUUUCUUUCCACCACCAAAACUCGAGCAUUCCCAUUUCAUUCGAGGUAUACUUCUGGUGUGCUUUGCAAUAACUGGGUUAAUCGGUUCGGUCGCAAUACAUUUACCAGGUGGAGGUGCAUUGUCAUGUUUAACUUUAGCUUUUAUCGUGGCAACUGGUUGGCGGAGCGGAUUUCCAUGGCGUUUAACACAGUCAGCAAGUGUACCAACGGAAUCAUCAUCAAAUAAUGCACAAAACCAACAUUAUGAAAAUUCAAAUUAUCAAACGAAACCAAAAACAGAUAAACCUAAUCUGUCUUCGUCAAGAGAUUCUGUCCUUACAAAUGAAGACUCUCAAGAAAACCUUAGGAUAGCCCCCUCGAAGCUUGAAUCCAUUGAUGAAAAAUAUAGGCAUUCUGAUGAUGAUAUUGACUCAGAAAAUAUGGCGAAGCAUCAGAAAGAUCUAAACAAUCCAAACAUACUUGAAUCGCUGGUAGAAUUUCAUCCCUACUAUUGCUCAAUUUUGCGUCAGCAGUAUGGCCAGCAUUCAUCGGGUGAACAUAGUAACCGCAGCAGCCUCCGUAAUCGCCUCCCAUCUGAUGGUGACAGGAAACGAGGAGAUCUUCCUUCUUUAGCCGUUGCAGUAGCAGCUACUGGUAAUGAGAAAAAAGUAGAGGGAUCUUUAGCCAAACAACCUCAACAAAAUAGUUACCAGCAACAGACUCAGCAAACAUCGACAAUCACUUUUCAAAAACCAAAAGCAUCUCGAAGAUUUAGUCUACCUGAACCUACUGCUCACUACGAACUGGAAUCAUUUUCCGUGUCUCAGCAGUUUCGCCGAGGAAGGAGUCCAUCUAGUGCAAAUGCUUUACGUCAUAUGAACAGGUCAAGGCGUAGAAUUCUUGCACCAUUUCCGGAUCAGUACUCACCAUUUUACAACAACCAACCGGUUGAAAAAGUUGAAGAAGUUGAAGAAAAUGAUGAAUGCUCAUCUAACGAAACAGAAAGACCAGAUGAUGAUCAUGAUGAUAACAAUUUUGAUAGUUCUAAUAAUCAAGAACAACCUCUCAGUGAUGUUGUUGUUCCAGCUACACCUGUUGAACGUGGAUUGGCUUGUUUGAAUUCAAUGAGAAGAACCAUGGCAGUCACAUGGUGGUUUGUUCAACCUAUUCUGUUUUCUUUAAUAGGAUCAGAAGUAGACAUACUACAUAUGCCUGGUGGUUCAACUGGACGUGGAAUCGGUGCAUUCUUACUUGCUCUAGUUGCUCGUUUAGUUGCAACAAUGGUAGCUGUUUUGCCGUCAAAGUUAAAUAUGCGUGAACGUUUGUUUAUAUCAUUUGCGUGGUUACCAAAAGCUACCGUACAAGCAGCUGUUGGACCAGUUGCACUGGAUACAGCUAGACAAUUGAAUUCAAAUGCAGAAAUAAUUGAUUGGGGGGAACAGGUUGUUACAUUGGCUGCAAUUUCAAUAUUAAUUACUGCUCCAAUAGGUGCUAUUUUAAUGCCACUUACUGCACCAUAUUUAUUACGUCAAGAUAUUCAAUCAUCACAAGUAUUAAUAGAACGUACUAAUCCUAAACAUUCACCUAAAUCAAAUUCUGCUCAAUCUACUGAUAUAAUCAAUAAAAAAAUACAUAAAUCUGAUCAAAACAUUCAUCAUAGUAAUAAAUCAUCUCAAUUAAAUACUGUACGUAAUACAAAAUUAUAA